CGGAGCCCCGCCGCGGGGGCCGGGCGCCGGCUGAUCGGGGCGGUGCGGGGCUGGGAGGGUGCCGCGGCGGCGGGAGGCGGCGGCCCGCAGGAUGGGCGGCAGAGCCGGCUUCUUCGAGGUGGAAAUCCUUGACUGGAAGACAAAGGAACAGCUAUGCUUCCUAGAUAAGGUGGAACCAAAUGCUACAAUUAGGGAGAUAAGAUUGAUGUUCCAUAAAUUAUAUCCUCGGUGGUAUCCAGCAAGACAGUCGAUAAAACUUGAUCCAAAAGGAAAGUCCCUGAGGGAUGAGGAAAUCCUGCAGCACCUCCCUGUUGGCACAACUGCUACCUUAUACUUUAAAGAUUUAGGGCCACAGAUAGGAUGGACUACGGUAUUUUUGAUAGAAUAUACAGGUCCAUUGUUCAUCUAUUUUCUGUUUUAUUUCCGCAUGCCUUUUGUGUAUGGACUGGAUGAGAGGUUUACAUCAAGCCCACAUCCAGUAGUUAACUUGGCAUGUAUCUGCCAUUCUUUCCACUACAUCAAAAGGUUGAUUGAAACAAUAUUUGUUCAUCGGUUCUCCCAUGGGACUAUGCCACUGAGGAAUAUUGUGAAGAACUGCUUGUAUUACUGGGGAUUUGCAGCUUGGCUUGCUUAUUACAUCAAUCAUCCUCUUUACACUCCUCCUUCUUAUGGGAAAAAGCAGAUUAAUUGUGCUGUGAUCAUGUUUCUGCUGUGUGAAGCUGGAAAUUUUUCCAUUCAUGUUGCACUUAGUGACCUCCGGAGAGAUGGAUCCAAAACCCGUAAGAUCCCAUAUCCAACAAAGAAUCCUUUCACAUGGCUGUUUUUCUUUGUGUCUUGCCCUAACUAUACCUAUGAGGUGGGGACAUGGAUCAGUUUCACUGUCAUGACUCAGUGUGUUCCAGUGGGUCUGUUCACCUUGCUUUGCUUCAUUCAGAUGACAAUCUGGGCAAAAGAUAAACACUACACCUACCUACGAGAAUUCAAGGAUUAUCCAAGUCUUAGAAUGCCAAUUAUUCCCUUUUUGUUGUAAAAAAAAAAAGGUUGACUUCAAUAUUGCAUGGAACUUCAAGAAGAAAAAGCUGACGGAUCUUUUUAUUCAUAAACCUCCUGCCAAAAAAUAAGUGAAUGAAUUUAAAUAAUUCUGUUGUAUGUUAAAGCUCCACUGCUGAGGGAAAUCGUGUACAUUUGAAAACUAUACUUUCUUACGUUCAAGAAUUCCUCAACUCAGAUGCACCUUCAAAAAGGAAGGCUUCAUUGCACAUUUGGUAGCCAAAAGCUCCUGCAAAAGUUCACUGCAACCCGAUUGACUUACAUUUUCCUGUACUAGUCUAUUUAGACUGAUGACUCUGAGAUACUGAGAAGCCUGUGCUGAAACGUAGCUCCAAAUUUAGCAGUGGCACUCUACAAGACUGUGACAUAAGUACAUUGGAACGAGGACAUACCAGCCAACUACUAGAGAGCUCAGCUCAGACAGCAUGGCCAGCUGGCCUGAAGACCGUUGCAUGUUCUGCCUUCUUUGACUUGAAAAAGAGAGUGUGCUGCCUGGGGACAGGUGCUUUGUGACAAACAACAUUACCAAAGAAUAUGAAUGGUUCCUGGAAUAAAGAAAUAGGCAAUAUCUCAAAUACCUGUUUUGGGUCUAACCUAUAAUUUAAAUUUGUAGAUGUAACAUCUUGUGUUGAUUUUUGGGGGGGAAGCUUGUUUUCUGUUUGUUUUGGUUUUAGUACUCUUCAUUAGUAAAUUGCAUACUAGUAAAUAAGAUUCCUAAGAUCUGAUCUAUGCUGUCUGUGAUAUUUGGCCUGUUUUCAUAUAACAAGUACUUAUGUUACAAAAGGACCUUUUACCUUGUAUUAUUUGUCAGUAUUCUCUGAAUAAUUUUUAAUGUACUUUGUAAAUACAAAAAGUGGCUGCUAGUGGUUGCUAGCUCCCUUCCUAUUUUCAGAGCCAGGGAUAAAAAAAUCAGCUACAUUUUGAACUUCCUGUGUUUUCUUUCUCACAAGAUGUUCAGUGGGAUUUAGUUCGGUUUUGUGCAAAUCUAGUAAAAAAAAA